UGCUACUUCUCCCCAGCUCGCCCUCUUAGGCGUGCACAUCUUGGGGACUUAGGAGUCAUGUCACUCGGUGUGCAUUCCUUGUCCCAUGGUCCUGUAUUACGUUGACAGUGUCGGUUUGAGUGUUCUCUGGCCCCCAAAGGGAGAUUCGGAGAUCUCCAUGAGGCAUGGUGUUCUUCCACUGUGGACAGCGUGUAUCAUAAGACUCAUCCACCUGAGAAUGUUUGUGAUUUCUGAUAUGACAUUAAUGCUGUGCUACAUCCAUGUUUAGCUUAAUAACUGUAAUGCUACAGCUAGUUGAUCUGCACCAUUAGAAGACUUAGUAAUGGAUAGGUUUACCAUUCGUGUUUGAAUAGGCUUGAUUAGACAGAUUUAUUUAGAACACAAAAUUGAGUCACGUGGACAAAUAUUUUAAUGCUGGGUACACAAAGCUGUGCUGAGUGAUCUGAUAACGAGGAUAUUUCGGUAGCCAUGGAGGAGGACAGUGCAAUGAUGACUCGGUCUAACCGCCCCCCUCCCGUUUUCUCCUUCGCCACGCUACGGCGUUGUGCUACCAUGGACAAUGAGGAAAAAAAAUCUACGCCGCCAGAGACCAAGACCUCCUCGGCCUCCAUGUCCGCCCUCCAUUCACACACUCUGAGCAACAACCUCAACAACAACGGGGAAGUGUGCCCGGACGGCGGAGACGGAGCCAACGCCUGGAGCUGGUUCGGGGCCUCCGAAAGGACCCGGCACGGCCUGGUCGACUUGAUUCACUCAAAAAUUCUUGGCAAGGCCGCGAUGGACCCCAGGAACAGGAGUUACCAGCCAGGGUCCACGUCUACGUCGCCUUGCUCAUCUCAUUCCAGCUCUCCGAGGGGCACUCCCUUGGCCACCCCGCUAGUCACCCCUACAGCUAACGUGUCCUCUAAGAUAUUCCCCCCGUCGGCGUCGGGGGCCAAAGUCCCGGUUGCACAGACCCCGUCCCUUCCUAGCUCGAGCAGGGACAAGCCGGUAUUCAGGAGGUACUUAUCUCUUAUUGUCUUUCCCUCCAGCCUGAAGCAGAUCCCGUUCACGGUGCCCACCUCGCCCCACGGGCCUGGAUGUAGGACUGGUCUCAAGAAAGGUGAGCACCAUUCACUGGAUGAUUCCUCCGCAAGUGGCCGCUCAGAGCCAACGUCUCCCACAGGGAAGAGGCCUUCAGUCGAGAUACCAGGAGCUUACGCUCUAGGCAGUAUCGAUCCCGCCCUAUAUAAAGUAGCAGACGAAGAUGACCAUUACGAUAUCCCACCUGACCACAUCGGACGAAUCUGGUUCGCCACCGAGUACGACAGGGAGACGGAGAAACUGAUGGUCACCGUAAUUAAAGCCAGGAACUUGCCUAGCCGGACACAAGGGCUGGACAAUGCUUGCGACCCAUUCGUUAGACUUUAUUUAAUGCCUGAUGAACGUAGAUACCUUCAAUCUAAAAUGAGGAAAAAAACUUGCCACCCAAAGUUUGAAGAGACUUAUGUAUUUCAGGUCUCCCAUCGUGCCCUUGAAGAACGUGUCCUUAAGCUGACGGUCCUGGACGUGGACAGACACAAGCGUCAUCAAGUGAUUGGACACGCGCUCUACCCGCUGCGGGAACACGACUGCGAGAACAACGUCCGGCUGGUCAUCUGGCGUGAUUUAGAGAGGGAAGUGUCAGAGUGUACAGCAAACAAAGGAGAGAUCUUAGUCUCACUGUGUUACAACAACCAUCUUGAACGCCUUACCAUUGGUCUAUUCGAGACACGUGACAUGUGCACCACGCCACCUACCGCCCCAGGAAUAGAUGCCUACGUGAAGAUUACGCUCAUGAUCCAGAACAAACCGGUCAAAGUGAAGAAGACGGAACUGGCCAAGAAGACCACCAAUCCAAACUUUAAUGAGUCCUUCACGUUCAAAGUGGCCAACAGCAGCCUGGACUCGGCCAGUAUUAACUUGAGUGUCAUGCAACACAACACAGGACUUAAAGAUAAACAGCUUGGUCGGAUCGUUCUGGGCUCCUUUAUGUUUGCAAGGAACAAGGAACUCGACCACUGGAACGAAAUGCUCGCUAACCAAAGGGAGCAAAUCCUGCACUGGCACACGCUUACAUAGAUAUUGACAUUACUUCCCUUUUUGAACAUGAUGUUUUGUUUUGUUUUUAAUUGUAAUCAAAAAGCUGCCAAUAACUAUUCCGAAUAUAAAAAAAAAGAAUGGACUACAAUGUUGAUGUCCAGCAAAUGGGGAAGUCUAUGAUGGUCAAUUUAACAUUAAAUCAGAUUUAUAUAUAUAUAUAUAUAUAAAUAAAAAAGUUAUCUGUCUUAAUAUACUAAGGUAGGGUUAUUCACUUGACUUAAGAGUGUAUCUAUCCUAUGUGUAGUUCUCAUUGAAUUGGGCAAUGAGUCGGAAGUUUUGUUCAAGUUUUUUGUUUUUCAUCCAAGUUUCUGUCUCAGGUCACACUCGUGACACUCAGGUGUCAUCUUGUCAUCUCCUUAUGUCACUGACAUUUCUCAUACCAGAAUCUCUUCUCUCUCUCUCUCUCUCUUUGUCUCCAGAACUACGCGUCAAGGUUGAUUUAAAAUGGCCUUGUAAAACGGGUUCCUGUUUGAUGAAAACAUUCCUGCCUUUAUUGGAUGCCUUGUUUCUAUUUACCUGAGUUAAACGAGACGGACAUCUUCUGAUACUUUGUGAGAAUUUAAAUUAUCGGCCCUUGAUAUCCUUCUUUUCUUUCCUUACUUAUAUUAUAAGAAAUUAUUUUCAUGGAUCGGGGGGGGGGGGGGAAACGGAAAACACUAAUCUUUUAAUAAAAUUAUAAAUUAAGUUAAGGACCUGAAGAUUGGUGGAUGAAACAAAAAAAAGGCUGACAACUGACCAGAUAACACCAAGUUCGAAUUCUGGUGACUGGCGGAUCGUUUUCUUGAGAUGUUUAUGGGGGCUUGUUUUCAAGUCUCAUUUGUAUACAGGAAGUACUUGGCAGACGUCAAGAAAGGUCAAGAUGGAGGUGAUGACCAAAAAAGUAGUCACCACUUAUCAACUGAAGUGGGUUGUCCUUGACACCUCCACGUCUUCUGCUGAAGGGAAAACUUGUUUUUUAGUUCAAUUGUUAGGUGAGCAGAUUGUCAAAUUCUGGAAUCGAUUCUAAAAUCUGUCACACCUGAAUGUCAACUGUCAUUAGAUUCCCUUCUCAUCAAUUGUUUGGGACUGUUUCUUGUCAUUUAUAUCAUGCUUGCAUCAAUUCAAUCAUUACAAUGUCAGUAUUGAAUGUCACAUGCUUAAGACCACCUGUCAAUCUUAUUUUAAUUAGCAUAGCCUAUAAAGUGACCAUAAUUUUUUGCUGCCUUAGAUGUUCACAUGUAACAAAACAGUAGAGCUCUCCUCUUGUAGAAAUGAAAUAUAGAUGUCUUCACGUCUGCUGGCAAUCAUUUAUUGUGUGAGAGCCUUUAUGUGCGCCUGUGUGUGCAAGAGCUAUUUAUAGUAGGUCGAUAUCUAACGUUUGUUUGCGACAAUGACAUACCCAUGAUCUAUUUAAUAUAUUUAAUAAAAAAUUGAGUAUCUACUAUUUCUGGUUCAUGAUUCCCAGCAAUCGUUGGGUUGAAAAAUAAUCAAAUAAUUUUAUGGAAUAAAUAGGCUAGAUUACAUACAUAUAUAUAU